GGUAGUCUAAUAAAAUGUCUAGAUUCAGUACACCUGAAAGCCCCCUUUAACACACGUUCUCCUAGUUUCUGUUGCAAGAAACACAAGACCAUUUGCUUCAUACUAAGAUUUAUCUUGUACCAUGGGAGAUUUAGAUUUGUCCUUCAUUCAAGAUCUUGAAAACAGGCCUAAUGUCAAAGUCAUAGAACCUGAGGAAGUCCCGGUAAUCGAUUUCUUCACUUCAAGCCACGGAGACACCAAAGAAAUUGUCUCAGAGAUAGGAAAUGCAUGCAGGAAGUGGGGAUUCUUUCAAGUAAUUAACCAUGGUGUACCUCUAGAGUUAUCUAAAAGAAUGGUGAAGAUGGCGAAAGAGUUCUUUGAUCAACCAAUCGAGGAAAAAAAGAAGGUGAAGCGAGACGAAGGGAAUUCUAUGGGGUAUCAUGAUAGGGAGCACACUAAGAAUGUUAGGGACUGGAAGGAAGUGUUUGAUUUCUCACUGGAAGAUCCUAGACUUGUCCCAGCCAUGGAUAACCUAGAUGAUCAGGAAUUGAGGACCAUAAGUAAUCGUUGGCCUCAGUACCCUACUGAAUUUAGGAAAGCAUGUCAGGAGUAUUCUCGAGAAGUGGAGAAGCUUGGUUAUAGGCUGUUGAAACUUGUUUCUUUGAGCUUAGGCUUGCCUGCUAACAGGCUAAAUGGCUACUUCAUUGACCAAACCAGCCUCUGUAGGAUAAAUCACUAUCCUCCUUGCCCUAACCCCAGCCUAGCUCUUGGGGUUGGUCGACACAAAGAUUUCAGUGCCUUAACUGUCCUUGCUCAGGAUGAUGUUGGAGGAUUGGAAAUAAGACGAAAAUCAGACGGUGAAUGGAUACCAGUUAAGCCAAUUCCAGAUGCAUUUAUCGUUAAUGUCGGCGACAUUAUUCAGGUUUGGAGUAACGACACCUAUGAGAGUGUGGAGCACAGGGUGGUAGUGAACACUGAGAAGGAAAGGUUCUCAAUUCCAGUACUACUCUUACCUGCUCACCAUGUCAACAUCGAGCCACUGGAAGAGCUACUUAAUGAGCAGAACCCUGCCAAAUACCAACGAUAUAAUUGGGGGAAGUUCUAUGCUAGCAGAAUCCGCGGUGAUUACAAGAAACGGGAUGUAGAAAAUAUCCAAAUUCAUCAUUUGAAAAAGUAACUUUCGUAGCUAGAGUGAGAUUUAUGAGUGUAGUUUAUGUGCAGUAGCAACUUGGUUUAGCUUCUUUGUAUUAAGGUGACCAAGAUGACAUUCUGUAAAAAUUUGGAAGAAUAAAUCAGUUUGCAAUGUA